AUGUCUAGUCCCACACGACCAACACGACCUUAUAUCAGUCUUGAUGACGAACAUACAAAGCAUUUUUUCACCAAAGAUCGCAUACAAAAGCAUCUACGAAAAGCACAAUUAUUGAAUCGAAACGGAGAAAUUUUGACUGAAGCUGAAUAUGCAAAUCGACAAAGAAAUCUGUUGAUCAGAGACGAAAAUCAAAAGAAAAUCGAUGAUGCGAUUAUGGAAGUUCUAAACGACAUGGCAAGAGAACAUUGGACUUAUGCCCGUGAUUAUACAAACAAUCUCGAGAAAAACUUACGACACGAGUUUCGACGAAUCGAAAAAGAAUUUCAUCGUCGUACUCAACCGAUCACCAUUCGAUAUAUGCAUGACGAAUCAUGGCAGGAAUGUCCUUUAGGAAAUGUCCUUUAG